GCCAAUCGUCUGCUCUCUUCUAGUCAACCUCGUCUAAAACCCCCGUUUGCUGCUCGUUACUGCACUUACACGUUCCCGCCUUCCCGCAUCUGUUUGCCUCCCCUCCCCUCCCUCCUCUUGCAUGGUAUUCACCUUCAUCUCCACCUUCCGCUGCACGUUUGGCACCUUUCCGCCAUUAUACACGCCAUGCCUCCCGCACUCAGUGACUACGAGUCCUUCUCCGAUUCGGGCUCCGAGUGUCAUUCAGACACUCGCUCGACUGUGGAGAUUCAAGAAGAGGAGCGUGGAGCAGCAGCAAAAGCGCAGCCGGAGCCAAUCACAAGGUCAACUCGCAUUAUCUCUCCUGCAAAGAAGAGGAAACGAGGCGGCAUGCUCGCUGGACUCCACUCUGACAACAUUCUCAAGAGCACUCCGGAUCCUGACCUCCACGUUCACGACUCAAUUGAAUCGUCUGCUCCAACCUUCACCUCAUCCUACAACACUCGGGCUCGGCCAACCCAAAAUUCCAUCCUAUACGACCAAAGAUACCACCCGAUGGACGAAGUUCUCCGACCAGCACAUGCUGCGCAAGUGCGAGCAAAGCAUGAGGAAUGGAUUGACAGCGAAGCCACACUGCAUAGCGAUUCCAAUUCAUAUUCGAAUGGAGAUGAAAAUCGCCCUUCCAAACGGCCGAAGACAAUGCAUAGUCGGCAAGGAACUCGCCGUACUUCUCGCCCUAUCAACCGUAAUCCUCUAUACAACGCAAAUUUGCACCCCCAGGAUUCGGACUUGAGGGAACUCGACGAAAUCUCCGACAUUGAGUCUGUAGAAGCUCCCGAUGACGAGUCCGUAACAGCAAUGGAUGAUAAUCAUGUGGUGACCCUCGACGAUGAUUCCGUAGCAACUCUCGAUGACAAUGAUGUAGCAGCUCCUGAUGCUAGCUCGGAGAUGCCCUCGAACACGGGACAACAGAACCUGCGUGUUCUUGAAGUGAGAGAUUCAUAUGACGAAUCGGAUUUUGAUAUAGACGUCGAGUCCUAUAAGGAGGACAGCAAGCGAGAUGCCAAUUCCAAGGGAAAUUCUGUGGCAGAUGAUGAAGAAUCUAACUGGAUGUUCUCAACCCGUAAACGGACGCAGAAACCUGAAGCUUCGCCCAUCGCUGUCUAUGAAGAUUCGCCAGAACAACAAGUCGCGAGCGAGUCUAUAACCGCGGGCUCCCCAGACCCUUUUGAAGAGGAGGACGAUGAUAAAGAGAACGAGCUUCCGGAACCUGACAACGACGAGCUGCAUUCUUCUCUUGAGGCUACUCCCGACCUUCUACCACCAGACUUCCAUGGCCUUGACGAAGAUGGCUCAUUUAUUUCGUUGGAUGGCUAUGUUGAUCUGUUCGAGGUAAGGUUUCAACAGACAUAUAGUAUCUAUCCACGGUUUAUAUACACAAGCGUCAAGUGAGCUUUGCUAAUGGCACAACUGACUGCACAGCUUUUCGCGUCUCCGAUCAACAAUCUGCCUCGACCCAUGUUCACUCCCACCGUUGACGCGCCACUGCGUGAAGCCCGCUCCCGCUCAGCUAGUCCUGCUGACGGUAUAGAGAGACUGCAAGUCGAAACGCCUCGACCUGUCCUUGGAGACAUCACCCAACU